AUGAAUGACGAAAAGAAAGUAGAGGACCUUCUCAAGAGGUUAGAGAAGGAGAACGAAAUCCUCAAUGCGACCCGUAAUAUCCGCAAGAUCCAGCAGAGCGACGCUGCUAGGGCUUCGUGUGAUGUCACCAUCGAAGAGUGCCAGCAGCGUAUCGACUACUUCCAGAACGAGGUCAACAGGCUGUUGUCAAGGCUCAUGGACAACCCCCCAGGAUCCGCUACAGGAGUAGCCUCGGUCAAGCCCACUAGCUCCACCUCGAGCCAGUCAGAGACUGGUCGUCCUGAACUCUCUCACAGCCGACAGCCAUCUGUCUCGAGCGUCAAUGCCUCGCAAGAGAGCACUGUUGCCAACAGCAAGCCUCUUUCAACAGUUGACCUCCUCAAGUCAUCGAGGACUAUUACUACCAACAAGGUCGUCUACAAGAUGCAUGAGUUGGCCUACAAGUUGGAGGUCGAGAAGAAGGUCAAGCUGGCUUCGCAAAAGAUGGAGCAAUUGGGCGUGUCUGCCAAGGACGAGAACGAGGAGAGCAACGAAAAGAUUGUGCUGUUGAAGCGUGCUCUUCAAAAGUACCAGGGACUUUACAUCCCUGGAGAAGCUGAGGAUGCUUCGACACCCGGGUCAGCUAUGCGAAGACCGAUGACUGGAAUGCUCAACAUUCGUAUCACUGGAAUCAAGAACCAGAACAACGCCCCCACUCGUAACUCUCGCCCCCCGGAGUCCAUGGCAGUAAUCAAAAUCGACGGUGUGAUCAAGGGAAAGACAAGGAUGGCUCGCAAUGGAUCUAUGGGAAUUCGAUGGAACGAAGACUUUUCGAUCUCUGUCACCAAGGCCAGUGAGAUCGAGAUCACUGUCUACGACCGACCUGAAUAUACCUCUGUCCCUAUCGGCAUGUUCUGGCUGAAGAUCUCGGAUUUGGUGGAGGAGUUGCGCAGAAUGAAGGUCGAGGCAGACAAUGAUGCGGUCUGGGCAGCAGCGAGCGUCCAGGACCUGGCUGUUAAGAGCCCAGGCUCGCGCCACAACUCUACAUCCCACGGCAGCGACAAUGCAGGAGCUAAUGUCGAUGGGGUCGAAUCCUUCUGGGACCUAGAACCAGUUGGACAAAUCGGACUCAAGUUCAACUUUGUCAAGGAUGUCGCUGUCCGCAAGCGUCAGUCCAGACUGGGUCGUCAAGGAGCUGUCCGUAAGCGCAAGGAAGACAUUCAGGAGGUCCAAGGACACAAGUUUGCUGCCCAAAAGUUCUACCAGAUCAUGUGCUGUGCACUUUGCAAUGAACUUUUUACUGGCAGGGGCUCCCAAUGCGAAGACGAUCCUGAUGAGGCCAAGUUGAAUCACCGCAUUCCUCACCGCUUUGAAACCUUCACCAACUUGUCUCCAAACUGGUGCUACCAUUGCGGACACAUGCUCACAUUUGGACGCCGACACAAGAUGUGUUCAGAGUGCCCUGUUUUCGCUCACGAAGGGUGCAGUGACCUUAUUCCCAACCUUUGUGGCAUGCCCGCUGAAACCGCGAACAAGCUCCUUGAGGAGAUUCGUCGCCGUAACCAACAGGCCAAGACCCAGCAGAAGCCUGUAUCGACUAGCCCACAGUACGCACCCCCUACAGCAGAAGAGAUGCAGGCUCAGGUAGCCGAGCAGGCUCGUCUGGAGGAAAAGAUGCAGCAGAUGAAGUUGGAACAGCAACAACAGCAGCAGCAACUUCAACAAGAACAGGAGCAAGAGGAACAAAAGCGACAGCUGCAGGAGGCCGAGCAGAAAAAGCAGGAAGUACAGAAGCAGCAGCUCUUGCAAAAGCAGCAGGCCUACCAGUUGCAACAACAGCAGCAGUACCAGCAGCAGUUGCAGCAGCAAGAACAGGAGUCUGCUUCGCCAACCACCCAUCAACAGCAGGAGCCUGUUCGCGACAACGACAUGUUCCGUAGAGAGCAACAGCGUCUGGAGAUGCUGCGAUUGGAGCAGGAGCGCGCCCAGCAAUAUCAGCAGCAACAUCAACAGCAACAGCAGUACCAACAGCAGCAACAGUACCAGCAGCAACAACCAUACCAGCAACAGCAAUACCAGCAGCAACAAUACCAGCAGCAGCCUCAACCUCAACAGGCCCAGCAGCGCCCUCAUCCCAUGAUGCCCAUUCCUCAUACCCCCACUCUCAAGAUUGUCAACAAACCAUCCGCUCAGCCUUCCCGCAAGUACGGCAUGGACGAUUUCCAUUUCAUUGCCGUCUUGGGUAGAGGAAACUUUGGAAAGGUCAUGCUUGCCGAAGACAAGAAGGGAGGCGAGCUCUAUGCUGUCAAGGCCCUCAAGAAGGACUCCAUUGUCCAACAUGACGAAGUCGAAAGUGCCAAGUCGGAGAAGAGGAUUUUCCAAGUGGCCAACAAGGAGCGCCACCCUUUCUUGACAACCUUGCACUCGACCUUCCAGACAAACACCCGCCUUUACUUUGUGAUGGAGUAUGUUAGAGGAGGCGAUUUGAUGAUGCACAUCCAGAAGGAUAGACGCUUCGGAGAGCGCCGCGCCAAAUUCUAUGGAUGCGAAGUCUUGCUGGCGCUCCAGUACUUCCACCAGAAUAACAUUGUCUACCGUGAUCUCAAAUUGGACAACAUCUUGUUGACAAUGGACGGCCAUAUCAAGAUUGCCGACUAUGGUCUGUGCAAGGAGAACAUGGGCUAUGGAGUCACGACAAGAACCAUCUGUGGUACUCCCGAGUUCAUGGCUCCCGAGAUCUUGGAAGAGGUACCCUAUGAUCGUGCUGUCGACUGGUGGGCAUAUGGAGUCUUAAUGUACGAGAUGUUGUUGGGGCGCGCUCCCUUCUCGGGAGAGGAGGAGGACGAGAUUUAUGACGCUAUUAUGGACGAUGAGCCUCUCUUCCCUCACGGGUUUGGUCGUAACGAGCAGGCCCUUCUCCAAUCGCUGUUGGUGAAGGUUCCUCACCUGCGUCUCGGAUCAGGACCUGGAGAUGCAGAGGAGAUCAAGGCACACGCCUACUUCCGCGACGUCAACUUUGACGAUGUCUACCACAAGCGUAUCACCCCACCAUUCUUGCCCAUGAUCACCUCUGCCAAGGAUGUGUCUAACUUUGACCCCGAGUUCACGAGAGAAAACACGUCCGAGACCCCUACGGAUUACCGACUCAACCAUGUAGAGCAAGGGUUCUUCAAGGGCUUCUCUUACUCCAACCCUUGGCUCCAGGCCUAG